AUGGCCUUUUGGAACAAAAAUGUCCCCUUUUCUUCUUCAUCACCAUCUUCUAACUAUUUUCCAAUCCUAGGCCUUCUUUCCCUCUUCCUCUUGCAUCCUACCACCACCACCACUUCGUCCUCUUUUGCUAACGCCAUUCGUGUUGUUGCCAUCCAAAAACCUACCUCCGAUGACAUUCCUUCCUUCCGGGAGGCACCUGCCUUUCGCAAUGGCAACUCAUGCAGCUCGCGUGACAUAGAUAAGAUCCAAAUAGUAAUGCCUGUUGAUGCCAAUUACAUUAGGGGCACCAUGGCUGCAGUGUUGUCUAUUUUGCAACAUUCAACAUGUCCAGAGAACACUUCCUUCCAUUUUCUUUCCAUCCAUCUCGAACCUGAGAUCAUUUCCCUCAUCAACUCUACUUUCCCUUACCUUAGCUACAAAAUCUACCGUUUUCAUCCUAAUCGUGUUAGGGGAAAGAUAUCCAAGUCUAUUAGACAAGCCUUGGAUCAACCUCUAAAUUAUGCAAGAAUUUACCUCUCAGAUAUUCUCCCUGAGGACGUGCACCGCGUUAUCUACCUAGACUCAGAUAUCAUUGUUGUCGAUGACAUUGCCAAGUUAUGGGGGGUGGAUUUGGGAGAUAAAGUCCUGGCAGCACCAGAAUAUUGCCAUGCAAACUUUACAACCUAUUUUACAGACACAUUUUGGUCGGACGUUAAUUUAGCGAAAACAUUUGAAGGAAGGCGUCCAUGUUACUUCAACACAGGUGUAAUGGUGAUGGAUCUUGCUGAAUGGAGGAAAGGAGAGUACACACACAAAGUUGAAGAAUGGAUGUUAAUACAAAAGCAAAGAAGAAUUUACCAUCUGGGGUCAUUGCCUCCAGUUUUGCUUGUGUUUGCAGGAAACAUUAAGGCAGUUAACCAUAGAUGGAACCAACAUGGUUUAGGUGGUGACAACUUUGAAGGCAAAUGUAGGGGCCUUCACCCUGGACCCAUAAGCCUAUUGCAUUGGAGUGGCAAGGGUAAGCCAUGGUUGAGACUGGAUGCCAGAAAGCCCUGUACCAUUGAUUACUUGUGGGCCCCCUACGAUCUGUAUCGUUCAUCCAGAAUUGCGUUAGAAGAGUGAGAGAGAGAGCUGAAUAGAACUGAGAUAGAUUGAUAGAAAGAAAUUGCUACAGUUGAAAAUGAAAUGGUGCUAGAAGUACCAACACCGAUGCAAUAUAAUUGCAUUGUAAGACAUUGUCAGGGAAGAAUGAUUAAGAUUACAGCUAAUAGUCCUCAGGCUUGAGAUGUAGAAUCCUUAGGCCUUGUAAAUCUAAAGAAUGAAGCUAAAAGAGUCUACAGGUAUAUUAGACAUCGAUAGCUAAGAAAGAAUUCACGAGUGUGAAUGAACUUAAU